AUGGCUUCGUUUGUUUCCGAGAAUGUUGCUGCUGAGAAAGUUGAUGCCAUGAAGAGGUUCGAGAGAAGGAAACAGUUUUGGAAGUUUCCUCCUGCCGUUGAAGCUCUCGCCGUCGUGUUACUUUUACUCUCUUGGUUUACGCCGCCUCUCUCCACCGGUGAGUAUCUACGGCGGGUUACUUCCGGUGGUUUGACCGGUGGAAUAUUCAUAUUCGGAGUCGUCAACGUUCUCAUCGCCCUGAUAUUUUCUUUAUCUAACCGCCAGAAGCUAAACGAGCCUGAUCUGUAUUUUCAAUACGUUUCCUCCUCGGCCACUGCUCCUGUCCGCGGUUUCUCCUCCGUCGUCACUCCUGUCGACGGUUGCUCUUCCGCCGCCGUAGUCUCAAAACCUCCGGCGUCUGACAACGAAGGAAAGACUUCAUGGGGAAAGACAGAGACGGACUCAGCUUUGUCUGUUACACUGGAAAAUAAAGAUCCUACUCUAACCACCGAAGAGGCUCGACCGGUGAGGCGAGAGAUGGUCCGGGCGGUCAGUUCCGUGGCGGAGACAGCACAUGCUAUAAGGAGGAAGCGUGAAAUGACGUUUCUCCCCCCAGCUACAACUGGUGAUCAUGUUUACAGGAGGUCGAGAUCAGAGAAGCUUGGCCUACGGGGAGAUAUUCGCCGGAGCAUGAGACGGUUGUGCGACAUGGAUGAUCUGAGCAACGAUGAGUUUAGAUCAACGGUGGAGACGUUUAUCGCAGGGAAGAAGAAGAUGUUGUUGAAGGAAUGGAUGAAGCCGUGA